GCACGAGGAGCUGAAGAUUUGCAAUGCAAUAUGCGCUGAUCACCAACGAGACCCUUGAGAUCUAAGUUUGGUACAGGAGUUACAAAAUAACUCUCCCAGGUGAGACUUGUGUCAAUAAUGUAUUGCUCGAAUACAGAGAAUUUGGCAAACUCCAGCAGACUGCAAUGUCUGGUGAAACUCGAAGAGACUGUCUACUACGCUCUGCAGAAGAAACAGAGAGAUUUAUCGGGAUACUUUCAGCUUAAUAUAAUUCUACUUGCAAUUGGUAUGGGAAACUAUGAAGAAUCAGUUCUUGACUCGCUUCAGCGCUUAUCCGACCGAAAACUAAUUUCAUGGCAGUAAUCUUGCCGCUCGAUGACACGAUGUGAAGGCGAUUCCGAUUUCUUGCGAAUCUUUGAUAGAAUCAGCUGAGUUGCUAUAAUGUCAGGCUUCAGUUUAUCAACAACAAUAAGUGCUGGACACAGACGUAUGGUUGUCGUUAUAUCUAGUCAAUAGACAUCGCAAAUUCCUUAAACGCUUCCAUGCAAAAUCUUUGAGCUUUCAAAGUUGUUUGCGUUGCAUGUCUAGGAAAACUAAGUAUACAAGACAAUUUAAGAUCAUUGAUCUGAUUAUUUCAACUAUUUUGUUUAAUCUUGUAAGCUUGUGCCCUUUCAAACUCUUGAAUCUCAGCAUUGGCAUCUGAAAUAUAUCUCACUACGCCUUGGACUCUUAUGAUGACACCAUCGACUCACUACUCUUCACGAUUUUCAAGGUCGUCGUUUAUCAUAAAGUCAAUAUUGGCUAUCAAACGGCACGCGCCAUGCAUC